AGAUAUAUUUGGUUUCCUGUUGAGUGGGCUGCAGAGUAUAGAUUGCUACACUUUCCCAGACCAUCACAUUCAACAAGCCAAGAAGUGAAACCAGACCUCAGACAAUGACAUCAAUUCUUUUCCUUCAACAUGGGAGACAUCGAAGCUCCCAACGCGAGGCAGCCGAGCCACAGCGUGCUGCAGUCCGUCCUCCCCAGCAGAGAAUUUGCCUCCUCCAGGAAAGGAAUGCUCCUCAUUGCUGAAGUGUCUGUGUCCUUCAUAGACUUUGUGUGCUUUGCCGCAUCCACGGCAGCUGCCUUUGUGACAGUCCCCCUGCUGGAGUUCCUGGCUGCUCUCUUCCUGCUCUUUGCCUACUCCACCAAAUUCAGCGAGAGGUUUAAAGGCUUCCUGUGGCCUCUUAUGGAUUUUAUGAGAUGUGUGACUGCUGCUAUCAUCUACUUCAUCAUUUCCAUCAUUGCAGUAUCCAAAUAUGUGGAUGGUUCCUCCAAAGCUGCAGGGGUGUUCGGCUUCAUUGCCACAAUUGCGUUCGCUUUGGAUUUUUAUCUCAUUUUCAAUGAGCUUGCCAAUUUCCUGAAGCAAGGAGGAGGGACCUCAGAGGACCCAUCAGGACAGCAAGAUGGUGAUGAAUUUUCAGACUCGGAUUCAGACUGAGAUCAUCGUCUCACAACUUCCAGAAUAAUUAACUCCAGGACACAAGACCACUUCUGCAGCGGACACCUUGCAAGGGUACAUUACCAGUGUGUACAAAAAAGACGUUCUAUAACUUUUUUCUUGCAGAAUUGGUAUUGUGUUUAAUAAGAAUUUCCUGUCGUGGAAAGGCAAAGUAUGCGGCACUGUAGUGGUCCUGCCUUAAUAAGCACAAAGAGCACAGAUUCAUUGCACACAAAAUCAUGUUUUCUAUGUACAGAAGAUGUAACAAAACAUUGUUAUUGACCUGGUGGCUAAAACGAAUUGGUACAAUGGAAAACAAAGGGUGAAUUAUGACAUAACAGCUAUAUAGAUAUAUUUUAAUUUGCAUUUCCAAAGCAAAUGUGGAGCCAAGUAUCAGUUUAUCUGUUUUGCAAUCUAACUGUGAACAAUGGGCUGUGACCGAAAUGUUCCAACACUAAAAUGUCCCUCCAAAUAGUGAAACAUAUAACAAUUCCAAUGUUGAAAUAAACUACAUGUCCAGAUAUUGCAGGUUGGCUGGUUUCAACCGUGUUUUUCACAUAAAUAUUAUCCAAUUUAGACUUUUUCAACUUUGUGGGUCAAGUUUGUGUGUUGCAGUGUAAGCUUGUCUAGCGUAUGUGCUUCUUCCGAUAUGUUUAAAGUGCUCAUGACAACAAAACACGUUUCUUGUUGUGAAAAAUAACCUUGAAAGGCAUAUUUCCUGUGUUAGAUGUGUACUCAAAUAUUGAAAUAUUUACAAUUUUAAAAAAUCGGCAGUUUUUCCGGGUGUGGAGGGGGCGGAGCAAGUGACGUCUACAACAGACGAUCCUACCCGGAACUGCUGCUUCACUGCAGUGUUUUCUGAACUUUAAUGGUACAGUUCUGGAUUAAUUGCUGUUGUUUGUUAUAUAUGUUAUUUUAAUAUGCUUGCUCGUUGUAUUAAAGGUUUUUACUGGAACGCUCGAAGAGACGGAGUAAGCUUGUUCACAUUUCCUAAAGACACUAUUCGCCUCGUCAGAUCGGCAACAUUUGACACAUUUGUGCCACGAAGUGUCUGUCACAUACUGACAGUCAAAGAAAAUAAAAACAUAUUGUGGCCAUUUUUGUGUGUGUGUUACAUCAUAGUUAUCACAAAACAAUAUCAGUGAUUGUUAUUUUUGUGUUAUUGUUGUGAAUAUGUCACUUUGUUGGCUUCGAUGUGAGUUCAUGGUUGCAUGUGUUUGAAUCUGGUUCCCGGAACGUAGUUUGUCUGUGACGUUCACAACCAAGAUGGCGUCGGUUGAGAAAACUCGCUGGGGGGUGUGCUCAAUCCUCACUUUAUUGCACUCCUAUUUCAUAGUUGUUUAUUUAUCUACGACAGCAGUAUGACACAAUGUUUUAUUAAGUGAAUACUUUUAUUUUGUUAAUUGUGUUUUUUCCAAGUUUUGGGUGUCAUGAGCACUUUAGGUACUGUGUAUAAUAGUACAGUGUUGUAUUGUCAUUGCAUGAUGAGAUAUGUUGCUGUGAACAGUUGAUGUGUGUUUGUUUUUUGUGUCAGGCUUUCUACGACUGCUGCUGACGAAUUAAGAGCACUAGAAAGCCGCAGUGACUGAUUUUAAUAACACCACUCAACAGCAAUAAUGUAAGGAAAAGCACCACUAGUGAGCUGUUUUGUAAGAUGAAUUUGCGGUAAAUUGUAGUUAAAUAAAGUAAAUAGAAGUUACUCUUACCAUCGAUAUGCACUGCUGUGCCUUCAGUUGGCAAGCUUUUGUAUGUUUUCAUGCUGUGGCUCCUGUGGCUCUGACCUGUGUGUUCAUCUCUAUUGUUUUGUAUCAUUUGAUAUCCUGUGAAAAAUAUAUUUUUUUCCAAAUAAAAAAAAUGCUAAGUGAUGAUCAGUGUUAACGCGCAGUUUGCAAACAUACACUCGCACAACACAGUGUUUCACACAAAAUCCUGGCCUUUCCAGCAAUGUGUGAUUUGUUGGGAGCUACAACAGCUUUUCACAACGUUCCCUGCUACUUUACCAUAAAAUAAAGAUGGUCGAUGCUCAAU